GUCCAUGCCGUCAAUCAAAACCCAACAUAUCCUCCAUUUCCAGAAGGAAUGCAAAUGGCAAUAUUUGGCAUGGGAUGUUUCUGGGGAGCAGAAAAAAUGUUUUGGAAGCUGUCGGGGGUCUUCUCCACACAGGUGGGAUUCUCAGGAGGCUUCACCGCCAAUCCUACCUACAAAGAAGUCCUCAGCGGGAUGACAGGACAUGCAGAAGUGGUCCGUGUAGUGUUUGACCCACAGAAAAUCAGCUAUGAAAAACUCCUCCAAUUUUUCUGGGAGAACCAUGAUCCAACCCAAGGAAUGAAACAAUACAAAGACAUUGGCACCCAGUAUCGCUCGGCCAUCUACACUAUCGGAACAGAACAAUUGGAAUCUGCUUUAAGAUCCAAGGCAAUGUAUCAACAGGAGCUGGCUAAGAAGCAACUGGGACCAAUAACGACUGAGAUUCGGGAGGCUGGCGAAUUCUACUAUGCCGAAGAUUACCACCAACAAUAUCUGCACAAAAACCUGGAUGGCUAUUGUGGCCUGCAAGGCACUGGUGUGGCCUGCCCCGUAGGCAAAUGA